UUGCAGCUCUAGUUCGUAUAGCGCGGGAAUGCCGAGUCGCACGUGCUGUCGCCGGAAUAUAAAUUAUCCUCGCGCGCGAAUAUUGUUGUGCUUCGUUGUGAUUUAGCCAGAUUUAGCAAGCAGUGGUUAUGGCGCGCUCAUUUUAUUGGCCAUAAUCAAUUUAUAUUUAGUAUUUGCGACCAGGCAAAGGUUCGCGGAUUCGGAGUCAUAAAGUGACUGAGGUUCGAAGUCAUAAAGUGAACGACUUUCAGUUCACUUAUCCCAUGUGUUGGAGUAUGUCUCAGACUCGGAGUAGCAGACUUUCUGUGAUCAUCGAAAAAAUGGCUCGCGAAAAGGAGCAAACUAAUCGGGCCCAAACAAUGCUGGACGAAAUAUCGAGGAAAGGAGGCGGUGUCAGGGCCGACGGUUGCGACACAGACGACACGGGUGACACCAUCGGCACAAUCGCCACCACCAAUGGCAGACUGUCUCCUGAGAUGACUGACCGCAGUCCGAAGGAGGACGACUCGUCCUCGGGCAACCGGGACGAGGAGGACGAGCAGGAGGACGACGAGGACACCGACGACCGGGAGGAUGCCAAGUUCGACCCGGAGCGCCUCAAGGCCUUCAACAUGUUCGUAAGGCUGUUUGUGGAUGAAAACCUGGACCGUAUAGUGCCCAUCAGCAAACAGCCCAAAGAGAAGAUCCAGGCUAUCAUCGACUCGUGCAGUCGGCAGUUUCCCGAAUUCGUCGACCGCGCGAGGAAACGACUCCGCACCUACCUCAAGUCCUGCCGGCGCCACAAGCGGAGUCGCGAGCUGGCCGGUCUGGACUCGGCCGCUGCGCGCGCCAGCCGGCCCACGCCGCCCCACCUGACCUCCGUGCAGGCCGAGCAAAUCCUGGCGCAGGCCUGUGAGAACGAGAGUCAGAACGCCAAGCGGAUGCGACUCGGCCUGGAGCCCAUCAGUCAGCCGCUGCAGCAGCCCGUCAGCAGCCCGCAGCUCACCACCACGGUCGCCAGUGACCGCAGCGCCACAUACGAGGUGGCCAGCCGGCUGGCGGCAGCCCCGGCCGGCGCGGCGGCGGCGGCGGGCGCCGGGGCGCACCCGCUCGUACCCGACCAGCCCGUGUCGAGCGCCACCGAACAGCUGCCGGCGGCCGGCCUGCAGUACCAGCCCAACUUCUCGCAGGCGUUCGGGCAGAUGUUCUCCGGCAUGCUGCCCGUGACCGGCUUCCAGAUGCCGUCCAAUGGGAAAGUGGGUGACCUGUUCGCGAAGAAGGCGGCGCCGCGACCACAGCUUUCCCCAGCCGAGGUGGCCGCCGUGCGCGUCCUGGUCAACGGCUACCGCGAGUCGGCAAACUUCCUCUGCCGCUCGGCGGACGAGCUCGAACUACUGAUUCAGCAGUCGGGCCACUAGGCGGCACCACCGUCGCCGCGUUUCAGACGAGCUUCGAACGGCGCUUCUACGUCUGCUCAGGGCGGUCCCGCUGCGUUAUGGCAAGCGGAUGGGCUAAGAUGGAGGAGAACAUGACGUGGGGUCUGGGGAGGGUUGAAUGUUGAGCAUGUAUUGAUGUCGAACUCACCUCGACGUACGUAUGUUUGCCGACAUCACUUUCCUGCCGUGGUGUGACGUCAUUUUCGCUGGAUGACGUCAUUUGUGUGCCAUGUGACGUCACGUUCAGCGGGGCUGUUCAUUGAUCUCGCGGUGUGUAUAACUGGGACAAUCUGGCUGCUGUGUGUCCGCUGGUGUUUUGUUUGGAUCUGUCGCCACGGUACACAGAUCCGCCCGGCUGGGUCGACCUGGUCCUGGUCCUGUUCGAUUGGUCCUGGUCCGGAGUGGUCCGCGGACCGGACCUGCCGCCGGGCGCAGCGGAAAUAUCACCGGUACCGUCCUCAGUAUGCGUCGGUCAGUGUCUGCGUACGCCGCUUUCUAGACGUGUUCCUAGCCGUAAGCUCGCGCGAUGUCGGCCCCCGACCCCGGGCGGCGGCGGUGUGAUGCUGCUGUUCGGGACUCGGAGUCCUGUUGUCCUCAGUCGCAGUCUUCCGGCGGUCCGCUGGGACGGCAGUGGUGCGCGACAGACCGGCCGGCCGCCGUUCGAUGUGGUGUGCCGCGGACGGUCCGCGAUCCGGACCGUGAGACACUGGCGGUCUGCAGCGAUCGACCAGUGCCGACGGCCGAAUGUAUGUGGCCCCAGAGUACCUCUGUGUUAUCAUUUCCAUUGUGGCGAAGAAUACACAUAUUUUCGUGUUGGU